AAAGGACCAAAAUUAUUGCCCACCCCUGUAGCCUAUGCCAGCAAGUCUUACUGCAACAUAGGCUUUUAAGACCCUAUAAAAUGUCUUUGUAAUGGCGAAGUUUGGCAAAUGGUGACUGUAGGCCACGCUCUGGCAAAUGAUCCAUUUAGUAAGGAAACAAGUUUACCUGUUAUGUCCAAUCUAAAACAACAGUUCAACAAAAACUGCAAUUCCCACCUCCCCCUCUGACGGCUUCAGAUCACAUGCACAAAAGGCAACUCCCGCGAUAAUUUGCGAUAUGACCCAGCCCUAUGUCUCGCGCAUUCGCAGCUCCAUGCUCAGUAUAUAAAGGAGGACAACGACGGGGAGAGGACGGCUGGGAAGGUGCAGCCCUGGAACUGUGAAUAAGACCGUAAACAUCUGUGUUUUAUUUGUAUAAGUUAUGCCGGCUACUUUUAAAAUAUUCACUUCAAUGUUUUAGAGUAUUUUUUUGCUCUUGCUCUUUGUCCUCGCUCGUUUUCCGUGUGGUUUUACACAACGCUAAUAAUGGCGAGCUCGGCUAACUCGAACCCAGUGGUAAGGCUCUAUCUAAGACAAGUGCAGACACAAGACAACCAGUCAGACUAGCUUGCUGUGCAAUGGCAAAAUUGAUGUCGUUUCAGUCACCGUGUUGGUGUGGAAUCAAAUCAGUGGACGGCGUUGGCAGUUUGUCACCCUCUGGGACUUAAAUAAAAGUGGUAGCCAUUCUCAAUCGGCCAUUUUACAUUUGCUAACCUAUUUUGAAACCAAAUGAGCCCUUGUAGUUGCGGCUGGGUGCUGGUUAUGGCGCAGGAGCGCAACAUGGUUAGCUACUGGCAGUGAUUUUAGUGGGGAAAUUGUCAACUUCAGAUAUCUCUGGCGUGUUUGUGGCAUCUUAAACGUUUCUGGUAGUGUGAAUAGUAAUUUAUUUUUUCUACAAGGAGGUUAACUUUGAAUAUCUCGCAGGUUAUGGAUUCCUAACGUUGUGUGAGGGUAUCCCCCCAUUACUCAAUCUACUGGUUGUUCUAACGCAAAUGUCACAAGUUGUUGGGGGGAAUUCCAAGCAAGCAAGAUUGCUAGUCUUCAUUGAGUGACAAAGGCAAAGUCUGACAAACUUCUUUGACUUGGUGAUUGCUGUGUCACUAUCAGCUUUAGGAACCCUUUUACCAUUGGCUAGCUAACUAGGCUAUGGGCUAGCUAAGUAUUCGAAGCGCAGUGUAGCACCGCUAAAUCAUUUCCCACAAAUGUCCAUCUGUUGGCGACACCAUUGCUCCUAGUCAAAUUUAAGCGUCGCGUAAGUUGAUGAUUUCAUCACCUAUCUCAGUUGUUUCAGAUGUCCUUGAAACCAGCUGAAUUUCGAAACCCUCCUCACUCUCUACGCUCACAGUAAUGCACUUCACAUUCACCCCUUCUGACAUGAACCGAAAUCAUAACCUUUGGGAAUAAUGGAGAAAAAUGGCUUGUGCAAUGAACUCCAAAAAUUCUCUUAGCAGCAGCCUUGCGGCGUGUGCGCAGACGUGCCGUCGCAAUGGCUUCCAUCCCUCCUCUCUCUGGGCGCUUCUGGCCCUCCUCUUUCUGCCGCUUGGUUUUAUACAGCCAUAUCGGCUCUCUAAUAUAGACCGCCCGGGAUGGGAAGGUGCUACUCAACGCUACGUCAUCGGCAGUGCAUAUAAACACCAGACUGAGCUUUAAAUAGUGUGCAGACAGGCCGAGAGAGGGAGGUCCGUGCCGCGGACAGGACAGGGCGAGCGGUGGCCUUUUGUUGUUGUUGUGACUAUUUUUUUCACCCCUCGCGCGACCAAUGCGGGCAUAUGCAAGCCUUUUAUGGUGCUCUAGUUGUUUAUUUUUCCCCGUUUGUAGCUGUUGACCGCUUGUGUUUUCAAGAAAGCUGGUAAAAUGCACACUGAAUAAAAUUUAACCAUUACCCUGCACCCCCACCCCCCCAGCCUAAACUUUACAGGUCUGUUAUUGAAGAUGUCAUCAGUGAAGUGCGGGAGCUGUUUUUGGACGAGGGUGUGGAUGAACAAGUACUUAUGGAGCUCAGGACGCUAUGGGAGAGUAAGCUGAUGCAGUCUAAGGCAGUGGAGGGCUUCCACACUGAGGAGCAGCAAGCCCUGCAGGCCCAGCAACAGCAACAGCAGCAGCAGGUCCAACAAGCCCAACAGGUCACACAGCAGCAGCAGCAAGCACAACACCCCGUCAUCCUGCCCCCGCAACAGCAAGCUCCACAGCAGCAAGUUAUCGUUCAAGACCCCAAGAUUCUCCAGGCUAUGAAUGCAACAGGAAUGAGCGCCGCAGCCACUGCAGCCACACUGGCGUUGCCCACAGGUGUCGGGCCCUACCAGCAGAUCAUUACAAGUCAAGGUCAGAUCCUGCAGGUGGUGCGUGCGGCUAACGGGGCGCAGUACAUCAUCCAGCCCCAGCAGCAGCUGGUGGUCCAGCAGCAGGUCCUGCCCCAGAUGCAGCCGGGCGGCGUCCAAGCCCCCGUCAUACAACAGGUCCUCGCGCCAUUACAGGGCGGCAUCCCCCAGCAAACAGGAGUCAUCAUUCAGCCCCAGCAGAUAGUCCUCGCUGGAAACAAAGUUCCACAGAAUGCACAAUAUGCCCCCCAGGUGAUGCAGACGGCGACGAUGGCAGCGCAGCAGACUGCGCAGGCAGCUGCAGCAGCACAGGUGCAGGCCGUGCAGCAGCAGCAGCUCCAGCAGGUGGCGCCACAACAGCAGCAGCAGCAGCAGCAGCAGCAGCAGCAGCAGCAGCAGCCUCCCAUGAUGUUGCAGGUGGACGGGGCGGGGGACACCUCCUCAGAGGAGGAGGACGAGGAGGAGGAGGAGUACGACGAGGACGAAGAUGAGGACAAGGACAAAGAUGGCGGGGAGGAUGGCCAGGUGGAGGAGGAACCCUUGAACAGCGAAGAUGAUGUCAGCGAUGAAGAAGACCAGGAGCUUUUCGAUACAGAGAAUGUAGUAGUUUGCCAAUAUGACAAGAUCCACAGAAGCAAGAACAAGUGGAAGUUCACCCUGAAAGACGGCAUCAUGAAUCUGAAUGGGAGGGACUACGUCUUCUCCAAAGCCAUAGGGGAUGCGGAGUGGUAAGCACAGCUGCCGCACCAACCCUGGUGGACCCCAUUUCUCGAAAGUGUCGUUGCUAUCCACUUAGCAACUUACUCGGUUUCAAUGCAAUUUCCCAUUGGCAACCUACAAAAGUUGCUAACUUAGCAAUGGUGCUGUCGAGAAAUGCAUCCCUGAAGAGGACAGAAGAGGAAGGCAAACGAGUGGGGAAACAAAAGUGCGAAAACAAACUGGACAGCCAUACUGGGACUGUCAUUUUAAGACCCAUCACACGUGUGGGGACUUAAUGCAUUUCAAUUGGUGUGUGAUGGGCAGACGUGUGGGAAUACAAUGACGCCCCUUUAAAACCAAGAAGAGAAAAUUGAGUUGUAAAAAAAAAACCCACUUAAUCACACACACACACACACACACACACACACACACACACACACACACACACACACACACGCUGCCAGUGACAGGCAGUAGAUCGCUAACCGAUUACAUCAAGAUUUACAACCAAGGUUAAGAAAAGAAAAUCUGUAUCAUCACCCGGAUCACCGUCAAAACAAAAUCCAUCCAAGAACAACAAAAGCAGAAAGCGUCUAUGGACAGCGGACCAUGUUGAAAACUCAUCACCCAUCCAGACAGUUAUCAGUUCCUAUGGGCUUGACCAAAAUAAAUAAGGUAUGAAACGCAAAAAUUUUAAAACAAAAAAAAAUAAGUGGGUAAAGGAGAGCAAUUUGAAGUACAUUUACUUCAAAAGUGCCUGUGAAACAAGCACGGAGGUGACCAUAGCCUUUGUUUUGAUUGCACAUUUCUUUUUAUCGGCAUCACAUCAGCACAUUGUGGUACUAGAUUCCCAAUUCCAGUUACUCUCGUUUGUUCUAAUUCCUGCCACUCAGUAAAACGUGCCUAGUCUUGUCCCCGUCCCCAGCCUGAUAAAGCCCCAUGGCCUGCCAUUGGUUAAACAGGAUGGUUGACAAAGGAGAUGGACCUUUUUAAUGUGUGUGUUUUUUUUUUUCUUCUUCUUCUUAAAACAAACAAACGAACAAACACUACACACAGUUACCGAAGACCUACCGAAGUGCUAGUCUGAUUUAUUGUAAGCGUUCCAAGAGCAGAAUGUGCAAUGUGGCUAAUUACAAGUAAGAAGAUGCAGAUGGUGCCGUUUUGUUGGCCAGUCUCCAAAAUAUGCCAUUCAGUACACCACCCCCCCACCCCCCACCUUUGUUUUUAAAGAACAUUAUAUAACCCAAUGUGAAUUUUAGCUGUAUGUUAUUGGCUUCACUUUCAGUUCUGUUUGUGUUUACCCCAACACACACACACACACACACCGCUGCCACCCCUUCCGCUCUUAAGGUAAUGAUACACUACGCACAUUUUUGGGCGAGGCUUCUGGGAAAUGAUACUGAAAGAUUUUAUUUGGACAGUUGAGCACCACAUUACUUUUAUCUGGAGACCUUGGAUCUGUAGUCAGCAAAAAUAUUGAGAAAUAUUUUCUCAGUCAUUUUAUUGGGAACAGUAGGAUCCAAUCAUGUUGUUGCCCAUCAAAGUUGCCCUGUGUGUCAUCCCCUUUUAGAUUGAGUUCAGUGGGGCUGGCGGAGGUGUUUUGUGUUUUGUGCUUGUCCCCAUUCCACACCAUGCUUAGCUUUACCAAGGAGGCUCUAUGAUUCCGUGUUUGUCAGUUCAACUUGCCAUUUUGCUAGCCGGUAACGAUGUCUGUACAAACUUCCUGACACCUAAUUACUUCCAAAUGUUUAAAGAUGGCACAUGGUGGGGUUUUUUUCUUCUCUUUUU